UUCCAACAGCUUGUUCUUCCAAGCAUGAAACAUCACUCCGAAAUGAGUGAAAUAAAGCUUCUUGGGACAGCUGCAAGUCCAUUUGUGAAUCGAGUUCAGUUCGUCCUCAACCUUAAGUCCAUCGAAUACGAGUUUAUUGAUGAGAAUCUAACUUGCAAAAGUGAGCUCCUAUUGACAUCGAACCCAGUGCUUAAGAAAGUACCCGUUCUUUUGCAUGCAAACAAACCACCCAUUUGUGAGUCUCUUAUCAUAAUCGAGUAUCUAGAUGAAAUCGAACCCAAUAUCCACAAAAUUCUCCCAACAGACCCUUCAGAUCGAGCACAUAACCGGUUUUGGGCCCACUACAUUGAUAACAAGUUUACACCAUUGUAUCUUGAAUUGAGACAAGCACAAGGGAAAGAUGUAAAAGAAGCAGUAAAACAUAAGAUUAUCAAAGGAUCACAACUAUUGGAAGAAGCAUUUGUGAAAUUUAGCAAGGGCAAGGGUUAUUUUGGUGGGCAAGACAUAGGGUAUUUAGAUGUUGUUCUUGGAUCUUUUCUGGGUUUAACAAACAUUAUUGAGAAAGAUAAUGAAUUCAAGGUGUUUGAUGAAGUUAGAACUCCAAAACUUGCAGAAUGGGAAAAACGUAUAUGGUUACAUGAAGCCAUUAAGGGUGACAUCCCUGGGGAAGAAACACUCAUGAACCUGAUGCUUUUAAAAUGUAAAUCAUCAUGAGUUUCUUGAAAUUAACUAUUAUGUAAACUCUGUUCAAGGUUACCAUAUUUC